AUGGCGGAGGCGGUCGGGACGGAACGGCCACCGGGGCCAGCGAGCCCAGCGGGGCCAGCGAGCCCAGCGGGGCCAGCGAGCCCACCGGGGCCAGCGGGGCCACCGAGCCCACCGGAGCCACCGAGCCCACCGGGGCACCGAGCCCACCGGGGCCAGCGGGGCCACCGAGCCCACCAGAGCCACCGAGCCCACCGGGGCACCGAGCCCACCGGGGCCAGCGGGGCCACCGAGCCCACCAGAGCCACCGAGCCCACCGGGGCACCGAGCCCACCGGGGCCACCGGGGCACCGAGCCCACCGGGGCCACCGAGCCCACCAGGGCCAGCGGGGCCACCGAGCCCACUGGGGCCACCGAGGCCACCGAGCCCAGCCGCUGCCGGCACUGCCAGGGCCGCCACUGCUCCCGAUGUGUUCCCGAGUGUCACAUCCACGCGGCCGUUUCGGUGCCACGGGGAGCGGGAGAUGGAGCGGGGCCGGCCGGGAGCGGCUUCUCGUGCCCGGCGCCCCGCAUGAGGACACGGCCGAGAGCCGCGGCAGCGGGGCACCCCGGCGGAGGAGCCGCUCCGGGCGGAGGAGCCGCUCCCGGCGGAGGAGCCGCAGCCGCACCGGCGCCGUGAGGGCGAAGCAGGAGCGAGAGCAUCACUGUGGCAAGGGGAACGAGGAGCGGAACCAGAGACGCCUGUCAGAGCAGGAGCGGCGGCGGUGCGGCAGCGGUGACCGGGACAGGCACAGGGAGCACUCGGACCGAAAGAACCCCAGUGACGGGCCGGGAGCUCGCGGCCAUGAGCGGGACAUGCAGAGCCUGCCGGAGCAGCAGGCAGAGAGGGAGCUCUGCAGUGAGAGAAGGCGAGAGCACCGGCAGGGCACCGAGGGCAGCGGCGACCAGUCCGAGAGCAAACCCAAAGGAAAAGCUGCUGUGAAGAAGGAGAAGCCAAGCUUCGAGCUGUCCGGGGCACUGCUGGAGGACGCCAACACGUUCCGGGGGCUGGUGAUCACGUACAGCGAGCCCCCCGAGGCGCGCAUCCCCCAGACGCGCUGGCGCCUGUACCCCUUCAGGAACGAGGAGCUCCUGCCGGUGCUGCACAUCCACAGGCAGAGCGCGUACCUGCUGGGCCGGCACCGCCGCACUGCCGACAUCCCCAUCGACCAGCCCUCCUGCUCCAGGCAGCACGCCGUCUUCCAGUACCGGCUGCUGGAGUACACCCGAGCUGACGGCACCGCGGGCCGCAGGGUCAGGCCCUACAUCACCGACCUGGGCUCGGGGAGCGGCACCUCCCUCAACAACCAGCGCAUCGAGCCCCAGCGCUACUGCGAACUGAAGGAGAAGGAUGUGCUCAGGUUUGGGUUCAGCAGCAGGGAGUACGUUCUGCUUCAUGAAUCCUCAGAUAAAUCUGAGGCCAGUGCAAAGGACGAUGAUGAGGAUGAGGAGAAAGAGUCUGACAGUUAACAGAUGAGGAAGAAA